GUUUUGGCUACAUUGCCAAUCUAUGAUAACAUAGUUAUUUCUGUAAAUAUAUCCUACUUCUGAAGGAAUACGUAUUCUACCCCCCUCCUCGUUUUGUCUUCCUCAACGUUUAAUUAGUUAACUAACUAGCUGACUUGUGUUAUUGUCUGUAGUUGGGCCGCCAUUCUAUCGUCAUGGCGGACUAAUCUUAUAUUUUUUUUUCUUUUGUGAGUGAAGCGGUCAGCAACAUAUAAGGAUAUAGUGAUGUGUAUGAUAGACUGAGAGAGAUAGUGGGAGAGGUGCUAUCGACUAUUAAUUUGCUUCUUUGCUUUCUUUAACAACGUAUAAGCAGAGUAUUCCCAGAAAUAUAUAGCUGUGUGAAAAAAUUACAAGGAGAAAAAAAAUCCGUGCAACUUUUAUAUAAAUCUGUAAUAUUUAUUUGGCUUCUAUAGUGUUGGGGCACUAUGUCUUCUCGUAGUGCUCACUACGCAUCUAUGUUGCCGUGACGUCACGCUACUAGAACGUAGUGCCGUGCGGAAGAAGGUUACUAAUGGCUUCCAAUCCACUAGAUUCGUCGUCGCCGACUCCUCCGCCGUGCACUUCUACUGCAAACUCUCUGCUUGCUAGCACUAACAUUCCUUUACAAUCGGCUGGAGUUAUUCACGAAGAUGUCCCUCUAUUGGUCAUGCCUCCACCAUCGAAAGAACCCCAGCAGUAUGACAGUAAAAAAACGAAAGAAGCCACCAAGUACAGCGCGAAAAUAUUCCGUGACUUCUGCCAUAGCCGUGGCAUCAAUACUGCCAUUGAAGAUAUGGCCAAGAGUGAGUUGGAUGAACUGCUCUCUGACUUUUACAUCAAUGUCCGUACACAAGGCGGUCAGUUUUAUAGUUUUUCAUCGUUAGUUGCACUUCGCCAUGGACUAAACCGUUACCUGAAAACUGUGAACAUCGUCAACGACCCGGCAUUCCGUAAAUCGAACAUGUCGUUUAAAGUAGCUUUGAAACGACUGAAAGAAGCUGGCAAAGGGUCGAUUGAACACAAAGAGCCGAUCAGUCAGGCUGACAUGGCUACUCUCUAUUCCCAUAGCCAGGUGUUUAACCCCAACACACCAGAAGGCCUUCUCAAUAAGGUCUGGUUCGAAAUUACAUUUUAUUUCUUUCGUCGGGGACAGGAGAACCAACGCUAUCUCACCCCUCACCAUUUUGGUUUUAGUACGGAUGAAUAUGGUCGAAAAUACGUUUACAAACGGAAAUCAUUGUCUCAAUACACCAACGGAUGUAAUAUCGAAUCGAACAGCUCGCCGUUAUCUCCAGACUCCAGUCGCAGUGCGAGAAUGUAUGCUACAGGUAAUGCCGUAUGUCCAGUGGCCACGUUCGAGCGCUACCUUCGUAAGCGAAACCCGCACGAGUUAGCUCUGUUCCAGCAUCCUCGGACCACAUCCUUCCAGGACUCCAUCUGGUAUAAUGCAUCUCCACUAGGAAAAGAAGCUUUGUCCACGAUGAUGAAAAGGAUAGCGCUUACAGCCAAACUCUCUCGUGUCUAUACAAACCACUGCAUCCGUGCAACCGCGAAGUUCGUCCUCUUUCAGGUGUUCGAUGCAUUUCAGUUCGAUCCCCAGCAAGGUACUAGCAGCUCUUUGACGACACCCUCUCAGUCGCUUGCUUUGCCCGGUAUCAGUUCGAUAUCUGGUCUAAACACCCUGUCGUCCCAUGAAAUGCAGGCGACCCACGAUGCAAACGCGGGUUCCAUAAAUUACAGCCCGCACCCGUCGGGUCUGCGUGUGUCAAUGGUACAGAGCGAUACUGACAACGCUUUCCCCCACCUGCCUAAUUUGAGUGAAAUCGCUCUGAACCGACAGGAGGCAAUGGAGGUUCAGUCAGCUGUAGCUGCAGCCACUGGCACUAUUAUUGGUCAGCCUGAAGUUGAGACUUAUGAACCAGAACCAGUACACACAAUCCAAAAUUCCAAGAUAAGAAUAAAUCAGGAAAAAGAUUUGUCCGUAAGCUUUUCCGCUUCUUCCCGCCCUGCAACCAUCUUCAAAAAAACCUAUGUCGAUCCAGAACAUGCAGAUGGUAUGAUGAAAUCAUUGGCAAGUUUAUGGAGGAAGAGGCGUUUAUGUGAUGCUAAAAUUUGUAGUGGAAAUAAAAAUGUGAUUUUACAUCGUUUGGUUCUGUUUGCUGCCAGUCCUCACUUGAUGGAAAAAAAUAUUACCGAUGGUGCUGACUUGGAAGUGAAUCUUCCACCAGGGAUUAGUGAAGAUGGACUGAAAAUAUUUGUCAGCUUUCUCUAUGACGGUGUCCUUAAUCUUAACGAACAUCUGUAUAAGGAUGUCGAACGAAUAUCUAAUCUGUUAAAAGUUGAUAAAAUUCAGAAACACUGCCGAGAGUUUGCUGCCAGUCUAAACGAACACAAGCAAAUGACCAGCUCCCCGUCGACGUUGACGCCACGCCACCGAGAUUCUCUUCCCAAGUCACAGAGUAAUCGUCAAACAGUGGUAUUGACAUUGAGUGAUGAUUCUAAUCCUGCUGAUGUAGCUUUUGACAACCAAGAACAGAAUGUAGGUUUGUCGCAUUCUCACCUGGAAGAAGUUCAUAAUUCACUGCUCGAUGAGAGGAUUCAAUCUCUAAACGAACAGCAUAAUUAUUUAACCUCUCACCAAAAUCAGUUUCCUUCCACUUCCCAAGCCUCUUCCAUGUCUCUACAGAGUAGCAGUUCAGUCAGUGCCAUUCCUUCUGAAUGUGGUAUCAAAACUGAACCAAUUGAGAUCUUAGACGAUGACGUUACAGACUACAAUCUAUCUCAAGAGGACAUUAAACAAUGCAAACCCAGUAUCAAUCAGAGUGGCAAAGGUUACUCGGACGACAGUUCCAACUCGGAACCCCAUAGACGAUCAUCUCAAGGGCACAUUUCAAGUAAGGUUACAAGAACUUAUAUGACACCUAGUAAAUGUGAAUCAGGCAUAGAGUUGGCUCCAAUGGAAAGUAUUUCUACUUGUGCCACCACUGGGGCAUCACCCUAUCCAGUCAGUUUAGUAGCUUCAUCUGGAGAGACGUUCCCACUUUAUACCUUAUCGUCCAAUCAAUCCUGACACUGCCUGAAAUUUGUCAAACAAGUUCAGAAAUAUAUUUUUUACUUAUGUCAAUCUAUAGAUUAUGUAAUAAUAUUUCUUGGGAUCUUUGUAAUGUCAACAAAAUGUGAUUUAGCUGUUAAAGAUGUGGUGUCUGAGUGUGCGCUUGCAUGCAUGAGUGAAAAUAGGUGUUGGUGAAAGGAAGGAGAAAGUCUUAACAGUCAGUACCAGCUUAGUAUCUCCAAAGAUGUUUGGUGCUGCCAGUCUACAAAAGUGUUAAAACUUAAUUGUUGCCUUAGAUUUUAAUUAAAGAAAAUAUCCAUUGCCUGGCUAGAAUAUGCAUCAGUGCACAUGUCUCUGUGCAUGUUAUUGCACUGUGUGCGUCAUCCGUGUAUGAAAGCAUCUACAGGCUCAUUUUUUUAUGCUGACUGAAUGCAGAAUGGUUUCCCCCACCACCCAAUUUUACUAUUUUCAUCUGUUCUGUAGGAUUUGUUCAUGAUACAUCUUUAAAAUAUAUCCUCUUGAAAGCAAUAUGUAAUCUUUUUGGUGUGUUACUGAAAAAGCAAAAUAUAUCUAUUUUAUUUAAUAAGUACAUCAGCAAUACUACAAUAAUCAAUGUACUUAACAGCAAUAUUAUAUGUUCAUAUAAUGGCUGAUUAUGUUGUUAUAUAUUUUCUUCAAUUUCAAUCCAGUAGUGACUUACAAAGAGAAUUUCUUUUAUUCCCACCAAGUGAUCUUAGAAGUAAACUUUUGUUGUUGGCAGCUCUGAAUAUCUCUACCCAUCCCAGUUUAUGUAUAUUGUCAGGGUUCUGAAAAACUUUCCAUUGCAAACCCAAACAUUUUUACAAAUACAUAUAUGUAUAUAUAUAUAUAUAUAUAUAUAUAUAUCUAUGAUUUUACAUUAGCAAUGAGUGAUCAUCUCCAGAGAAUACUUGAGCUUUCACCUGAUAGUAAAAUAUUUCUUUAAGGUUUUGCAUUCGUUUCCUUACGAAUAUCUCCAUACAUUUUUUUUGUUAUUCCUUAGUAGAUGAUUUUAGGUAUUCUCGAAUAUAUUUUUUGUUGCUCAGAAAGGGUAAGUUAUAAGAACCACUUUCUUAUAUUUCUUUGUAGUAAAUGCCCAUAAUGAGUACCUUUUGGUGGUAUUUCACUAGAAUGUCUGUGGUACUGAAAAUAUUCUUCCUCAUAAAAAAAUGUGAGGGAAAUUAAAAUAAUAUACAUUGCAAAAAGUUUCUUUUUGUAUACAAGUUGCUGUUCCACUUAUUACUUAGAUAAUAAAUUUGAUACUUGCUGUGGCAAAGUUGUACUUUUAAGCAGGCAAAUUAGUUGUGUGUGUGUGGGAAACUAAAUUGAGCGGUUAGUAAUUUGAAACUAACCAUUCAUAAGAAAAUUUACGUUGAAUUCCAUUCCAUACAAAAUCCUUUAAUUAUCAAUUUCAAUGUUGAAAAUCAUUGUUGAGUGAGUAGUGUUUCAUAGUUGCACAGAUUAACCUUUAUAUAGACGUAAAAAGUAAUAAUGCUUUGAAGAUACAUUAUAUAUAUAUAUAUAUAUAUAUAUAUAUACUACAAUAUCUUAGUUAAGUGUAACAGAGAUUUUAAAGGAGUAAGAGUGAUCUAGCUCUGCUAGAACCAUGAUGGUUGAAAUUUAAGAAUGCUAUAUUAAAAAUUAUAGUUACAUUCAGAAUGUAGAUGUAGUGUGACAGCAUAUAAUGAAGUUACACAGUAACAAGAUGACCUGUUACAAUACAUAUCGAGUAUAUAUUGAGACUGCUAACAUUUGAUGUUGUUGUCUCUUUUCCUUUGUAUUAAUUUUCAGUGAAUAACACAAGACAUUGAAACAAAAUAUUCCACCCCCUCCCCCGUCCCUUACAUUUGAUGCCUAACUGAUACCUGUUGUCUUUAUUCCCCCCACCUCAUCAACAGUGGGUUCUCCUCUCUCUCUCUCUCUUUCUCCCCCCUCCUCCGAAUAGUCACACAAAACUACACGGUUCUUCUGUUUACUUGGUCUGCAAUUUGUCGACUCAACCCAAGUGACUAACAAGUUUGGACUUAGCAGACAGUAUUUUGACAAUCAUAUAAAGUGUCUUUCUCUCUAGAAACAAUGGUGCCACAGAAACUUUGAAAGUUUUGGUGGUCUAUCUUUGGAUGUAA